AUGUCUCACGUUGUUAACUGCGUGUUCAGUUCUAUCCAACGACGCGUUAACUCAGAGGUUGCGUACGCUGGUCCUCUUCCGACGCCACCGCCUUCUGCUUCUACUUCAUCAGGAACAUCUAACCCUUACCCAAAACGAGUGAGAAGAGUAGAGGGUUGUUCAGAAAGCGAGGCUGCUUAUACCAUAGGCGAUGCUGAGGUGCACAACGAAGAUUUCCGCUGCGGUGGUCCUCAUUUAGUGAGGCUGCCUGCGUUUAACGAUCAUCUCACCCCGAAUGACCCUCUAAAUGUAGCUUGGGAUGAGCAUCUUGAAGGACCAGUCCGUGAAAUCCUCAAUUGCUACCGUAUUGACCUUACCGGGGGUAUUGCAGUGGGGCCACUCCGUCGAUCUUCUACCGGCAAAAGAGAGAAAUACGACACAGCGCUUAUCAUUGCUCAAAAGCAUAGCUUGACGAGUGAUGUCUGGUUCAGAGCUUGCAAAGAAAUACUGCAGCUCUUUCGUUCUAAGGGGUUUAUGAAACUCAAUGUAGAGAUCAUUGAUGACCGCGCUAACCCGACGCUUACCACCUACCCCGCGUCGCUGACCGACCCCUUCGUUGAAUCCUGGACUAUUUUACGGCCUACCAUCCUCGAGAUCCUCGGGGAGAACGACUGGACUCUACUCUAUGUCGUCCGUCGAAGAAGUAAAAACCAUCACGAAGGCCCAAUCACUAUUGCUAUAACGGUCACGGAAGAGUCCACCAAAGAAUGGUCAGCAAUCAGAGACGAAAUCGUGCGGCUGCUAGAUAGCCGUGGCCACCACGAUGUGGCCAUCGCAAUAUGCCGCGCUAACGUAUGGCACGGCUCGUCCUUCGACGACCAGGUCUUGGGUCACCGCGAUUGGGACGUGAGAGCAAAGCUUGGAGGGAGCUUAGGCCUUCGAGGGUCUGCAGACUCUGCCUCAACUUUUGGAGGGUUUGUUGAACUCCAGAACACCCUACUAGACCACGAGUCCGCAAUUGCCGGCUACCAAAAAGGUCUCGACGAUAAGCGGCAUAGUAUCUCCAACUUGCGACAGCGUAUUCUUGCCGAUGACCCGUCGGUUUCAAAAGGAGAUAAAAUUUUGUAUGAGCGCCAACAGGCUGCUAUAAAUGAAAUUGAGGAUACCAUAUGGGCAGCUACCUCCUUCGGCCAACAGAAACGACAUCUUGGUUCAGUAUUUGCUGCUUCGGGAUUUAAAACCAGUCCUCAGAAAAAUAUUCUAGACUGGGCCUUAAUCGACGUCGAAGACUCUCGUAUCACAAGUAACGAGAUUCCACCUGACGGAGGGGUUAGCCCCGAUUUUUUCACUACAUAUUGCCCACCACAGCCAAUUAUGAGCGGUACGACCUCAGUAGCUGAGGGUAAUCAUGUUUUUAAGAUUGGUAGGAGAACUGGCUUCACCGCAGGCAUUGUGAACGGGAUCAAGCUUUGCGAUUUACAAGGCUGGGUAACAAACAGCCAGGGACAGAAGGAAUGUGUCCGAGGAACCGCACUGCUUAUACUACCUCACGCCUGUGAGACGUUCGGUGAUCCCGGAGACUCAGGGAGUUUUGUUAUGGACGGGCAAGGAAGGUUCGUUGGCCUCUAUUUUGGUGGAGACCGGGAAAGAAACGCUGGUCUAGUCACCGAGGCGCCCAACUUGUUCGAGGAUAUCAAAAAGGUUACAGGCUGCCGCGACGUUAGGAUCUAG